UUCUGGGUGUCAAUAUGCGGCUUGGUGCGGUGCUGGGAAACAGAACCACUGGAAAGAUGUAAACCAAGUGACCAGCGAAGACCACCGCCAACAGACAAGCUUACAAAGAGGGAGACGGUAACUUCUGUUUGGAUAAACGGAACCACGUUAACGGUGGGCUCGUCGGGUCGUUGUCCCCGAAGCAGCGGAGCGCUUGCCUCAAGCAGCCAUCUUUUGUGAGAGAAUGUACGGGGCGACGCGGUGGGCCUGCUCGGGCUCUGGCCGGGGCCGGAGCUUGUUGAUGCUCACGACUGCGCUCCUGCUCCCGGCUGUCGUGCUGCUCUCCGGGCUGCCCGGUGUCACCGAGGCGAAGGAAUGCGACAAACCGUGUUUGAACGGACAGUGUAACACCGCCACGGGCAGCUGUGUGUGUUUCCCCGGCUGGGUUGGGGACCAAUGCCAGCACUGCGGAGGGCGAUUCAGACUGACGGGACCCUCUGGUUAUCUGACUGAUGGUCCAGGAAACUACAAGUACAAGACCAAAUGCACCUGGCUUAUUGAGGGACAGCCCAACACCAUUCUGCGAUUGCGGUUCAACCACUUUGCCACCGAAUGCAGCUGGGACCACCUCUACGUGUACGACGGUGACUCCAUUUAUGCUCCCCUUCUGGCUGCCUUCAGCGGCCUGAUUGUUCCUGAGCAGUAUGGCAAUGAGACGGUUCCUGAGGUGGUGUCUCAGUCUGGCUACGCCCUGUUGCACUUCUUCAGUGAUGCUGCCUACAACCUGACUGGCUUCAACAUUUCCUACAGGGUGAACACGUGUCCUAACGACUGCUCCGGCCGAGGCGAGUGUCGCGUGGGAAACUCCACCAGUUUGGUUUACUGCGAGUGUGAAGUCAACUGGAAGGGGGAAGCCUGCGACGUCCCCUACUGCCCGGACAACUGCAGCUACCCAGACAGAGGGCGCUGCCAGGACAAGACCUGCGUCUGUAAAGGUGGAUGGCAAGGUCCAGACUGCUCGGUGUCUGUUCCUGCUAACUCCUCCUUUUGGAGCCGGGAGGAGUAUCCCGAAGCCGGUUUGGCCCGGGCUUCCCACAAGGCCGUACUGGAUCAGGGCAUCAUGUGGGUUGUUGGAGGCUACGUCUUCAACGCCUCGGACUAUCACAUGGUGAAAGCGUACAACCUCAGCAGUAAAACCUGGCAGGCCCUCAACCCCGCUGUUAACAUUGUCACACCACGAUACGGCCACUCGCUAGCUCUGUAUGAGGGGAAGAUCUACAUGUAUGGAGGAAAGAUCGACACCACAGGCAACGUGUCGAGCCAGCUGUGGGUCUUCCACAUCCAGAACCAAAGCUGGGUCCUCCUAAGCCCCCAUGUCAAGGACCAGUACGCUGUGGUGGGACACUCGGCUCACAUUGUGCCUCCCACCCAGGAAGGGGACAGUCCUGUGAUGCUGGUCCUGUUUGGACACUGUCCUCUGUAUGGUUACAUCAGCCAGGUGCAGGAGUACGACAUUAUUUCGAACACUUGGAGCGUUGUGAGCACAGUCGGCGCUCUGGUCCAAGGCGGCUACGGCCACAGCAGCGUUUUUGACCCCGGCACCAGAGCCAUCUACAUCCACGGAGGCUACAAGGCCUUCAGCGCCAACAAGUACGGCCUAGCAGGAGACCUGUACAAGUUUGACGUGGACAAGAGGAAAUGGACCAUCCUGAGAGACAGUGGCUUCUUCCGCUACCUUCACACGGCGGUGAUCGUGAGCGGCACGAUGCUGGUGUUUGGUGGAAACACCCACAACGACACGUCCAUGAGCCACGGCGCCAAAUGCUUCUCCUCUGACUUCUUGGCCUACAGUUUGGCAUGCGAUGAGUGGACGCCGUUGCCUCGACCGGACCUCUACCAUGACGUCAACCGCUUCGGACACUCUGCAGUCUCCAGUGGCAGUGUAAUGUACGUCUUUGGCGGCUUUAACAGCCUGCUGCUAAGUGACGUUCUGACGUACACCUCGCCCAGCUGCUCAGCCUUUUCCAGCCCCGAAGACUGCAGCGAGUCCUGGCCUGGGAUCCACUGUGCCUGGAACAGCACCCAGGAGACCUGCCUGCCCGGGGAAAUCAGCACCCCUGGUCCUGAACAUCAGCAGGUCCCAGCCUCCUGCAGCACAAGAUCAUAUGCUGAUAACGACCGGUGUGACCAGUACACAGACUGCUACAGCUGCACGGCCAACACCAACAGCUGCCAGUGGUGUUCAGGCCAGUGUGUGUCGCUGGGAAGCAACUGUACCUCUGCCACAGUAAGAAAGCCGACUCUGCUGAGGGGCAGGCUGGACGUGCACGCGUAUGAGGGGGCCACAGUGGAUUAUGAACUUUGCCCCAGAGACAACCCCUCAUACGUAUGCAACAAGAAAACCAGCUGCAAGAGCUGCGCCUUGGACCAAAACUGCCAGUGGGAUGUUCGCAACCAGGAAUGCAUCGCGCUGCCAGAGAACGUGUGCGGUGACGACUGGCAUCUGGUGGGCAACUCCUGUCUGAAGUUCCUCACAGCGAAGGAGACUUACGAUAACGUAAAGCUGGCCUGCAGGAACCACGGCGGCGUCCUGGCCUCGCUAACCACGCAGAAGAAGGUGGACUUUGUGGUGAAGGAGCUGCCAAUCAGGAGAAUGCUGCACAAGGUCACACUGACCCCCUGGGUGGGGCUGAGGAAAAUCAACGUGUCCUACUGGUGCUGGGAGGACAUUUCACCCUUCACCAACACCACUCUGCAGUGGCUGCCCGGCGAGCCGAGUGACGCUGGGUUUUGCGGCUACCUGGCCGAGCCGGCGUACAGCGGAUUGAAGGCGCAGUCCUGCAUCACCCCAGUGAGCGGCAGCCUGUGUGAACGGCCAGCCAAUCACAGUGCAAAGCAGUGCCGGACCCCCUGCGCCAUGCGCACCACCUGCAGCGAAUGCACCAGCAGCAGCUCAGAGUGCAUGUGGUGCAGCAACAUGAAGCAGUGUGUGGACUCUAACGCCUACGUGGCCUCCUUCCCCUUUGGGCAGUGUAUGGAGUGGUACACCAUGAGCACCUGUCCACCUGAAAACUGUUCUGGAUACAGAACGUGUGGACAGUGUUUGGACCAGCCGGGCUGCGGUUGGUGCACCGACCCCAGCAACACGGGCAAAGGCCAGUGCAUCGAGGGUUCCUACCGUGGGCCCUUCCAGACCUCAGUACCGGCUCCCUCCACGCUGCCCGGCGUACCAGUCAGCCCCCAGCCAGCUCUCAAUGCCAGCAUGUGCCCCAGCGAGGCCAAAUACAACUGGUCCUUCAUUCAGUGCCCAGCUUGUCAGUGUAAUGGUCACAGUCAGUGUGUCAACGAGAGCGUGUGUGAGAAGUGCGAGGACCUGACAACCGGUCGACACUGCGAGAGUUGCAUCUCCGGUUUCUACGGAGACCCGACCAACGGCGGCAGCUGCCAGCCCUGCAAGUGUAACGGCCAUGCCAGCAUGUGCAACCCCAACAAUGGCAAGUGCUUCUGUACCACCAAGGGCAUCAAAGGAGAUAAAUGCCACCUGUGUGAGGUCGAGAGUCGCUACCAAGGCAACCCCCUCAAAGGGACAUGCUACUACACGCUCCUCAUCGACUACCAGUUCACCUUCAGCCUUUCUCAGGAGGACGACCGGUACUACACCGCCAUCAACUUUGUGGCCACACCCGAGGAGCCAAGCCGGGAUCUGGACAUGUUCAUAAAUGCCUCCAAGAACUUUAAUCUGAACAUAACCUGGUCAACAAGUUUUACUGCAGGCACCCAGGCUGGAGAGGAGAUUCCCAUCGUAUCCCGGAGUAACAUCAAGGAGUUCAAAGACAGCUUCUCCAACGAGAACUUUGAUUUCCACAACAGCCCCAACAUAACCUUCUUCGUCUACGUUAGCAACUUCACUUGGCCAAUCAAAAUUCAAAUUGCAUUUUCCCAGCACAGUAACUUCAUGGAUCUGGUGCAGUUCUUUGUCACGUUCUUCAGCUGCUUCCUGUCUCUGCUGCUGGUUGCCGCCGUGGUUUGGAAGAUCAAACAAAGCUGCUGGGCGUCACGGCGACGAGAACAACUGUUGAGGGAGAUGCAGCAGAUGGCCAGCCGGCCUUUUGCUACGAUCAACGUAGCCUUGGAGACGGACGAGGAGCCGCCUGACCUGAUAGGAGGAAACGUCAAGUCGGUCCCAAAACCCAUCGCCCUUGAGCCUUGCUUUGGCAACAAAGCUGCUGUGCUCUCCAUCUUUGUUCGGUUACCCAGGGGUUCUGGCGGCAUCCCUCCUCCAGGACAGUCUGGUCUGGCGGUGGCCAGCGCGCUGGUCGAUGUUUCCCAGCAGAUGUGUGUCGGCUACAAGGAGAAGUCCGGAGGUCUGAGGAACCGUAAACAGCAGCCCACCGCACAGCCCUCCACCUGUAUCUGAGCACACCUGCUGUCCUCUUCUACCAGCACAACACCCGAUGCCCCUGCCCCCCCCUCCCCAUCAGAUCCCCCGCUCCCUGCUUGGCCCCCUCCUUCAAAGACUUCUGCCAGCUUGGCUCUGGCAGGGAGAGGUGCAUGCUGGGACGUAAGACUGUAAGGUUUUUUGUGAGGAGGCGGACUCGUCUGUCGGACUGAAGUUUCAGCGGCCUCCCUUUGAGUCCCCUCAAACUGAUCUGGACAAAAACAAAGAAGGUGGGGGGUGAGUGAGGAAGGGAGGGUGGAACUGGAGACGCUGACUCCUCCCUUCUCCCUCAAAACACAUCAAACAUUCGUUGACGCGCCUCGUUGGAGCGGAGGCGGCCACGGCUUGCUGCUAGAAGAGAUCUGUGUCUCAUAGUUUUUGAAACAUCCAGAGACUUUGCUACCCUCGAUGUUGAAGUUUUAUUUAAGUUAUUGUUGUUCUUUGUUUUGUUAUUUUGAAGAAACCAACUGGAUAAACUAAACUACACGAACACGCACUUACAGAAAGCAGCUUUCCAGCAGCACGUUUGUUCUUCCUGUAAAGAGGAUCCACCGUCGCUGGUUGCCUGGGCAGCCAAAGCCCAUCUACAGAGUCUGACGUUACUAAUCAGCCUCCGCCUGUCUCUGCAGCCAUCUGGCUGCCGAGCCGUCCGCCUUUGCUGCCCCUGCGGCGCCGCAGCGGAACUAAAAACGAGACCGCAGCACCACCUCAUCCAUGCUGAUUUGCUGGAUUGCCAACCUCAUUGAAACUUUUCCAGCUAAUUACACCUCCUGUUUCAAUGACAGCCAACAGCCCCGUGCACACAGGUAUCCACGCUGGGCUCUCACGGAGGGGAAAAAAAACAAAACAAAAAUCCUCUGAUCAUCCCUCUGCUAGUGGUGGUGGUUCAAACUCCUGUCAUACAGGCUUCCUAUAGAUGCUGAGACUCCGAUUGACUGAGGUGAUGAGGCUGAUCUGGAUAAAUCAGGGCAACAGUUCAGCUCUGUUGCCUGAGAAAUCCAUACCCUCUAAUUACUGAUUCUAUGUCCCCGAAUGCGUCACAUUUGUGGGGGCCACGAUCCCGCAGUUCAAUCCCUGAGUUAUCUACAGCCGCCCAAUUAGCCCAUCAGCGGUGGUGUGUGUUCAUAUUGACACAGCUGCAGUGGAGCUGCUAAUGCCGGCGUGUUAACGGCAUCAAGCCGACUAAGCAGAAGAGUUUGUAAGUGAGCGGCAGCAGCGCAACCAUCAGUGUCCGUUUGCUUUUUAGCACCUUUGUUAAAUGAGAGUCAUGAAUUGGGCUCUCGGUAAACCUGAGAGCUUUUGAUUCUGUUGGAAAUAAACAGAAAAAUAAAAGAAAGAAAGAAGGAAGCGCUUCAUGUUUUCUAAGAGCUGUCCUUAAACUGAUAUAUCGUCAUUUUUAUGUGAAUCUGCCUCCUCCUGCUCUGUCCACCACCCUUCACCUGAAAUCACAGCUCCCAGAAAGCAGCAUAGCUUUCUGUCAUCAGGGGGAAAAUGAGGGAAAACAGACAACACACACACACAACCUCAGUCUGCUAGUUAACAGAGCUGCUGCUUAGAAAUGUCACAAGAAUUAUCUGUGAAAAGGCGUGAGGAUGCCGGAUCUCUUCAUCUUUCCUCCUUCUUGAAUGAAUUCACGUUGGUCGUAUUUGCUUUUAACUACAGGCGAAGACAUAAUUCAGUUCAUGAAAUAGCUUCCUGCCCUCUGAGAAGUGCUGUUAUAGAACAAUUUAAUAAGUUGUAUUCUGUUUAGUCGGGAGCUCUCGCGUGUGCUCGGCAUGCUGGAACUGCUCGCGUCUGGUUAAAGGGCACACUUUUAGCACCGGAAAAAGGUCAGAGCAGAAAAGCAUGGACAAAGUUGACAUUCUUGUAAUUAUAGAGUGCCGCUUGCUCUCACAAGUCAACUCAGCAACUGCAGCGAGCGGCGUGCUGCGUUCAGGGUCGUGCUGACGAGUCGCAGCACUUUGUUUGCCUCUAUGUUUUGUUUUAUUUUCUUUUAGUGAUCAUGUUUUUUGGGUUUUUAUGAUGAAUUCUGCUGCUUCUGCUAAGUUGCUACAUCUCAGUGUGGAUGGUUAGUUUGUCAAGCUUUUGACUUUUUUUUUUUUGUUUUGUUUUUUUUUUUCUUCGGUUCAGUUUCGCACCUUUUGCUGCUUUUCAGGCCAGUUCAAGCAGGACUCUUUCUUCCACUGACUCGGGUUAAAUUUUACUUGGCAAAGCGGCUAAAUCUGAUGGCAAAUUAAUGGGACUUCAUUCAUGAGACUGAGCUAAAAAAAAAAAAAAAAGCCUAAAGCAAGAAAAUGUGACUGAGCUGAUGGAGACGAGAGAGACGGAGGCAGCAGCGUCGGAUGGGCGAUGUGCUGCUGAGCUACACGUCCGCAGCUUUCGCAGCAGGCAGCAGAUCAGCCAGCAUGUUAUAUGAGUUUUUCUUUUUACUUUUUUUCAUUGCAUCUGAUUUCAUUUAACAGAAACUAUCCGACAUCGUUGUAAGUUUAACCUCCUGUCUGAUGAUUGUAGAUUUUUAAACUCUUAAAUGAAUGUAUAAAGAUUUAAACCCCAGCUAAUGGUGAUACAGUAAACUGGAAGCACUGGAUGCCACGGGGGUGGUCUGAGUGAGACCUGAUCUGAUCUGAGGAUUUAUAAACGCUGCUUGACCCAGAUCCUCCAGCAGCAGCCCCUUGCUGGUCUCCUACCCAGUCUCAAAGCAGCCAAAGCGAUUAAGAAAAUGUAGAAAUAUUGCAGUUUCAACACAUAUCCAGGACAUUUCACCUCUGCUCCACCCACACUGGCGUUUUCAUUUAUUCUUUGCUGAUUAAACGCCUUUUCAGCGCAGCGUGGGCGUGCUCAGACUGUGAUGGAGUGUCCUGUUGCACCUGUUAGGCGGGACAGACGUGGACCCUGAAUAGUAGGGCUGUUCAGUUUGACCUGAAAUCAAAAUCCUGACAUUGUCAAAUUUAUCUUGUUAAUAGUAAACGUGAUAAUGUCUCAUGCAUCAUCAGUUCACGCUGCUUUCUUCCUUGUGUUGCACAAUUAUUUACCAUAAAACAGGUUUGUAACUCUGAGUCUCUGGCCUUGACUGUUUGCUAUUAAGCUUAACCAACCUGAGAGAAGUCCCAUCAGCCUAAAACAUGAUUCCACUUAUUUUUCCAGAGCAGGCUGACCUCAUCUCAGGUGCCAAAAUCAGUCGCGAUUCUUCCAUUUACUGGCACGUUACUGUGUUUGUUGGCUGCAGGGAAAAAUAGGAAGUUAUUUAUGAAAACUGCAGCACUUCUGGUACAGAUGAAAUCCUCCCUGUAUGGAAGCAGCAUGCGCCUGUCAGGUCAGCUGAGCUUUGUUAACUGUUAAAUUAAAAGUGCACAUUGCUUUAAAGAAACAUAACGUAGACACGGCACACCAUGUUUUCAAGAGGGAUUGGUUUUGAAUAUUACAUGGAGGAAUGGCAGAGCGACUGCAGGCGGUUUGUCAAAGAGAUGAGCUCCACGAUUCCAUUAUGUGUUGUGACAACUCUGCCAGUGUGGAGGGAGGUGGUGGAGGAUGCUCUGAGGCUGGAUUUGUGAGGGUAUCCCAAAAAAUGAAAAGGGUAUUAUGACCAAUUUUCUGUAAAACUGCUCCUUAAUUAUAAAUUUUUAGCUACCUUGUGUGUCCCAAUCUCAAUAACGGUAACCAGAACACCACAGAUGAGACAAAUCAAGACUUAAGAGCACAAUACAAACCCUGGGCACACUAAGGUUUAAUGUUUGGACCUUCUCCCUCCAGUCUAAUGCAUGGAAGCCCAGGCCUUUAGGUGAACAUGAACUUUACUGGCUGUACAGUUCUGAUGUUAGAGGAUUCCUAGGUCUUAAAGUUCAGAUUUUCCAGAUGAUUACCUCUCGCCACCAUUUGGGGCUGCCUGAGUGUGAACUGGCUCUGGGCUGCUCAAAAAUACCCAAGAGUGUUUGUGUGGAAGUUUGCAAAGGGAAACAUGCAGGAAGUGCGUUUUCCUUUGGAUUAGAAAAGACUGGCAGCUUCCUCUGAUGUUUCUCGUCCCGCUUUCUAAGCCUCACACUUCUCCUGGGUAACACUUUACAUUGGCCUUAUUUAAGCUCAAUAAUCUCUGCAUUAAUUUAUAGAAAUGUACAGCUUAUACAUGUUUCUAAAUGGCGAUUAGUUACUGGAAAGUCCUGAUUUCUCAGUACAAGUAGAUUUUUUUUUUUUUGUCCAACACUGGCAGCAUUAAUGUUUAUUUAAGAAGCUUCAGUUCCGAAGUUUAAGCAUCAGAAUAAGGUCACUGUGAAAUCAGGCUUUACUCUUCUGUCUCCCUGUAUAGCGGCAUUAUAUAUAUAUAUAUUUAUAUAUAUAUAUAUAUUGAGGAAAUAGGUUGUUCAUAUGUAUAAUUUAGCAGUUGCUGUUUUUUGUAAAUAAUGAGACAGUAUUGUGAAUGACUUUUGAAUGGUUUUAAAAAAUCAUUUAUGGUAAACUUCUCUGGGCUUUUAAAUAUGUGACUACAGCAAAUAGCAUAUUUUGUAUGUAAGACAAACAAGCAUUAAUAGAAGCUGAUGAAAACUACAUGUAAAACUUGAGGAUAGUGGCUUACUGACCUUGUAAUUACUGAUGUACAUAAAAGAAUGACUGAACAAUUUGUCUAUUAUUAAAUGUGAAAAUCCAA